CGGAAUAAUUGGACCUAACUAUUGAAAUAUAUUGCAAAUUCACCACAUUUGGAAAAUAUUUUUAAAAUAUUUAUUCCCGAAAACUGCUAAUCACCUUUCAUCUUUAUCCGUUUACUCUCUCUCUAAAAGUCUCUCUUCCUCUCACGUUCAUUUGUUUGUCGUUUCUCCAUCACAGUGCGCAGUAUACACAUAGUGAAGAACACAUCACACUCUUCUCCUGUCGUCUUUGCUGUGGAGUUUUUCUGAUAGGUUUGGCGGUCCGAGUGAAAAGUUUCAACAAUGGUGAGAAAGAGGCGAACUGAUCUUCCUGGGGCUGGUGAGAGCUCUGAGUCUCAGCAAUCUGGUGGACAACAAGGCCCUGAGCAAUUCCCUCCCAUACAGCAAUCAUUCCAGCAGCCUCAACAACAAGGAGGAUAUCAAGGAGGAGGAAGAGGCAGGGGCCCACGUGGAGGAUAUGGCGGCCGUGGUGGUGGAGGUGGCAGACUUCCCCAGCAACAGUAUCAUGGGGGAGCUUCUGAAUAUCAACAGGGUGGGCCCCAGUACCAGAGAGGAGGGCCACCUGUCCAGCACCGAGGUGGAUAUGCCAGAGGUGGGCCAUCCAGGAAACCAGCUCCCGAGCUGCACCAAGCUACCGAUUCUCCGCAUCAAGGGGCAGGUCCAUCUCAACCAAAUCCAUACAGGAGGCCUGCUGAAACACAUCCUGGAGCUGGGGUGACUUCUCAACAACCACAAGAGCCAUCCGCUUCUGCAGUGUCGGAGCAAAUGCAGCAACUCUCUUUGCAGCCAGAGGUGAACCCGAGCCAAGAAAUGCAACCGGCUUCGAGCAAGUCCAUGAGGUUUCCAUUGAGGCCAGGCAAGGGUAACAAUGGCAUCAAGUGUAUUGUGAAGGCUAACCACUUUCUUGCCCAGCUUCCUGACAAGGACUUGCAUCAAUAUGAUGUGUCCAUUACACCAGAAGUUUCAUCCCGUGGAGUCAAUCGUGCUGUAAUAAAGGAAUUAGUGGGUCUAUAUAAGGAGUCUCUUCUUGGAAAUAGGUUACCUGUCUAUGAUGGUAGGAAGAGUCUAUAUACUGCCGGGGCUCUACCUUUUGCAUCAAAGGAUUUCAGAAUUACUCUCACCGAUGAAGAAGAGGGGCCGGGGGGUCUCAGGAGGGAAAGAGAGUUUAGGGUGGUGAUCAAGUUUGCUGCGCAGGCCGACUUACAUCAUCUAGGCAUGUUCUUACAGGGGAGGCAAGCUGAUGCUCCUCAAGAAGCUCUCCAGGUUCUGGACAUAGUUCUGCGUGAACUGCCUACCAGCAGAUUGUGCCCAGUUGGUCGCUCCUUCUAUUCCCCUAAUGUAGGUUCGAAGCAGCCACUUGGUGAAGGGCUUGAAAGUUGGCGUGGUUUUUACCAGAGCCUUCGCCCUACUCAGAUGGGGCUGUCACUAAAUAUUGAUAUGUCUUCCACUGCUUUCAUUGAGCCGCUCCCAGUGAUUGAUUUUGUAGUCCAACUUCUGAACAGGGAUGUGUCAGCUAGACCUUUGUCUGAUGCUGACCGUGUGAAGAUAUUUAAAGUGAUACCAUUUGCUCCCAUUAACUUCAUCGAAUUGAACCAGAUAAAAAAGGCUCUGCGAGGAGUAAAGGUCGAAGUUACUCAUCGAGGAAACAUGCGUCGGAAAUAUCGCAUCUCUGGUUUGACAUCACAAACAACAAGGGAACUAACAUUUCCUGUUGAUGAAAGGGGCACGUUGAAAUCUGUUGUUGACUACUUCCGGGAAACCUAUGGAUAUGUCAUUCAACAUGCUCAGUGGCCAUGUCUGCAAGUUGGGAAUACUCAGAAACCAAACUAUUUGCCAAUGGAGGUGUGCAAGAUAGUCGCGGGUCAGAGGUACUCCAAGAGGUUAAAUGAGAAGCAAAUCACUGCACUCCUCAAAGUCACGUGCCAACGCCCCCAACAGAGAGAGCAUGACAUAUAUGAGACUGUAAGACACAAUGCCUAUGCAUCAGACCCUUAUGCUGAGGAGUUUGGGAUCACAAUUAGCGAGAAUCUGGCCCAAGUUGAAGCUCGUGUUCUGCCCGCACCCAGGCUCAAAUACCAUGAUUCAGGUCGGGAGAAAGAUUGUAUGCCCCAAGUUGGGCAGUGGAAUAUGAUGAACAAGAGGAUGGUCAAUGGCGGCAUCGUCAACAAUUGGAUCUGUAUUAACUUUGCUCGUAACAUACAAGACAAUGCUGCGAAUAAUUUUUCUUACGAGCUUGCUCAAAUGUGCAAUACGUCUGGCAUGGCUUUCAAUCCAGACCCUGUCUUACCAGUUUUGAGUGGCCGGCCUGAUCAGGUAGAGAGAGUUUUGAAAGCCAGGUUUCACGAGGUCAUGACUAAACUGCGGCCCCAGGGGAAGGAACUUGAUCUGCUAAUUGUUGUUUUACCUGACAAUAAUGGUUCUCUUUAUGGUGAUCUGAAACGUAUAUGCGAAACGGAUCUUGGAAUUGUCUCCCAGUGUUGUCUUUCCAAACAUGUUUAUCGAAUGAGCAAACAAUAUCUUGCCAAUGUGGCUCUGAAGAUUAAUGUGAAGGUUGGAGGGAGGAAUACUGUUCUGGUUGAUGCAAUAUCUAGGCGUAUACCAUUUGUUAGCGAUCGUCCCACCAUUAUUUUUGGUGCUGAUGUCACACAUCCUCACCCUGGCGAGGAUUCUAGCCCAUCUAUAGCUGCCGUUGUUGCUUCUCAAGAUUGGCCAGAAAUUACCAAGUAUGCAGGCUUGGUUUCUGCACAAGCCCAUAGGCAGGAGCUUAUCCAAGAUUUGUACAGAACUUGGCAGGAUCCUGCGAAGGGAACCAUGCAUGGUGGCAUGAUCAUGGAACUGCUUAUUUCUUUUCGCCGGGCAACUGGUCAGAAACCCCAAAGGAUUAUUUUCUAUAGAGAUGGUGUUAGCGAAGGUCAAUUUUAUCAAGUUUUGCUGUUUGAACUUGACGCUAUACGAAGGGCAUGUGCAGCGUUGGAGCCAAACUACCAGCCAACGGUUACAUUUGUUGUGGUUCAGAAACGCCACCAUACUAGGCUGUUUGCAAACAACCACAAUGACAAACGUUCGGUUGAUCGAAGUGGAAAUAUUCUCCCUGGUACUGUUGUAGAUUCCAAAAUCUGCCAUCCCACUGAGUUCGACUUCUAUCUUUGCAGCCAUGCUGGUAUUCAGGGAACUAGCCGCCCAGCUCACUACCAUGUGCUGUGGGAUGAAAACAAAUUCUCGGCAGAUGCACUUCAGAGUCUAACUAAUAACCUUUGCUACACAUAUGCUAGGUGCACUCGCUCGGUUUCUAUUGUGCCGCCCGCUUAUUAUGCUCAUCUGGCGGCUUUUCGUGCUCGUUUUUAUCUCGAGCCUGAGACUUCUGAUAGUGGCUCGAUGGCGAGUGGUGCUGGUAGAGGUGGCCGGAGUACGAGGCAACCUGGGGCUAAUGCUGCUGCUGUGAGACCCCUUCCACAGCUAAGGGAGAAUGUGAAGAGGGUAAUGUUCUACUGUUGAAGAUGACCACCUUUAGUUGGCUGCACCUGCACCUGUUUGAACUAAUUAUAAUAUAUUAUUAUUCCCGGUUUGUUUAUUUUAUUUUGCUCUAGAGGCUUUUACCGUACUUGGUAACUUAAAUAUUAUGUUUCCUUGGCCACGCACGGCUACUUGAACCUAUGUUAUUAUUAUUAUUAGGGAUAUUGAUAUGUUAAAUAUCUCCAACUUCAAUUUGCUUGGGUGGUGUUGUUUUAAUUUUAUCGAUAUUGGGGCCUAAUAUUUACUUGGUUUUAAUUAGUUUCGG